AUGGAAUACUGCAACAUUUGCCUGAUGUUGUCUUCUGAGGGCAAACAGUUGGUGAUGAUGUCGUGGCUGGUUAGAGAAGACAAAUGAAUGGUCUUGUUAUAAUGAUAUUACUUUGAAAUAACACUUAGGAUGGUAUAACUUCAUUGUAGGUCGUGCAGGAACGUUGGAAUAUUAGUAACACCAAGCUUCACUGACUCAAGACGAUAUUUAUGGUUUGCAGCUAACGUCACGGCUGCCACGUUGGUUGGCACAAAAAAACACAGAGGUUACCCUGUUAGUAACUAAACUAUUUUUUUCAUGCAAAGUCCCCUUCUUGUCAACAACCCGUCACCCAACAUGAUCGCCUUGUAACGUCAGUUGUAAACCAAAACUUAACUGAUCCAAUUUUAAAUCUUGUUGUGAACUCGUAAAAUUGUUACAGUGGUACAUGUAGAUAUAUUUUAUGCAAAGUACUAGGAAUAUCGGAAUUCUCACUGUGAACUGUCAGGACUGCAAAACACAGGAACAACGCAAUCAGCGGCAUUUUUUCUGCGGGUUUAUAUAG